AGACCCGGCCCAAGGGGCGGGCGCGGAAGGGCUGGGCGGGGUUCAUCGCUGCUUCUCUGGGUGACAGGGGGAGGAGCUGGCUGCGAGACCGGGGGUCUUACCGGCAGAAGGCACUGGGUCUACGGCCGGGGAAUAACCAUAGAGUUGGCCCCGGUGGCACCGCAGCCCCUAGUGUUCUGAUCCAGCUCUUGCUGGUUCCCCAGCCCUGACCUGAACUGGGCUUGGGGCUGGGUGGGUUUCACAGACCGCUCGUAUCCACUAUGCUUCUGGAAGAAGUCUGCGUCGGCGACCGGUUGAGUGGCGCAGCGGCCCGUGGCGACGUGCAAGAGGUGCGCCGCCUUCUGCACCGGGAGCUGGUGCAUCCUGACGCCCUGAACCGCUUUGGCAAGACGGCCUUGCAGGUCAUGAUGUUUGGAAGUCCAGCAGUUGCUCUGGAACUCUUGAAGCAAGGUGCCAGCCCCAAUGUCCAAGAUGCCUCUGGUACCAGUCCCGUGCAUGAUGCAGCUCGCACUGGGUUCCUGGACACCCUGAAGGUUCUGGUGGAGCAUGGUGCUGAUGUCAAUGCCCUGGACAGCACCGGGUCGCUCCCCAUCCAUCUGGCGAUACGAGAGGGCCAUAGCUCUGUGGUCAGCUUCCUAGCUCCUGAAUCUGAUCUCUAUCACAGAGAUGCUUCGGGUCUCACUCCCCUGGAGUUGGCUCGACAGAGAGGGGCUCAGAACCUCAUGGACAUUCUGCAGGGGCACAUGAUGAUCCCAAUGUGACCCAGGGCCACUGUCUACAGCCUUACUGGGUUACUUGUCAACAAAGGAAGAAAGAGACUUUCUCUUUUCACGCCUAUCCAUUGAAGAAGGGAGUGGGAGGAGCAGUUUGUGGUUUAUUGGUGUUGAUUUCUUGAGUGUGUGUGUGUGUUUGGGAGAUGUUUCUCAUUUGUUUUUCUCACCCCUUUUUGGUGUGUUGGACAAAGAAGGGGCUCCUACAGGCAACAGUCACCUAAACGGUUCAGUUUCCUCUGCACUGGGCAUGCACAGAAGACCACAGAGCAGGGGUUUAAAGCCUUAGCCUCAGAGUGAGGUCAUCACCUCCCCGACUCCUGGAAGCUGGUGACCUUGGCAGGCUGUGCUCAGAGAGCCCUGAAGUGUGAGCCAUCUACUUUAGGCAUGGGAGGGGAGGGGAAAACAUUUCAAAUCAGUUACAAGGAUAACAUGAGUUCUUUUUUUUUUUUUUUCUUGGAAUGUUUCCAGUCUGUUGUACAGAGUUUGAAAUAUAUAUAUUUAUUGCUUUAUG